ACAUGCGCCCUUUGCCUCCUCACUCCAGCAGGCAGGAAACCUACAGGAAAGAGCUCGGUGCUGCCGCAGCCGCCUGACUCUUGUGUCUCGUCCACACCGUACGUAUAUCCAGACUGUACGGGAGCGGGAGGGAAGAUGGCGACGCUGGGAAGCAGCAGUGACUCUCAGCCGUUCUCCAGCCAGCUCCCCGCCAGCGCCCUGCUCCAGCCCCAGUACCCGCCGCACCAUCACCACCACGGACCUAUCACCGGAGUCACCAACUUCAGCCUCAGUCUGCCCGUCAACCGGGGGCUGGAGAGGGCACUGGAGGAGGCGGCAAACUCCGGCAUCCUCAACCUCAGUGCCAGGAAGCUGAAGGAAUUCCCCAGGACUUCGGGCAACCAUGACUUGUCCGACACCGUGCAGGCAGAUUUUUCCAAGAAUAGACUGACAGAAGUUCCAGUAGAAGUUUGUCAUUUUGUGUCACUUGAAGCUCUUAACCUAUACCAAAACUGUAUCAAAGUUAUCCCUGACACUUUAGCAAAUUUAAAAAUGCUGACUUAUUUGAAUAUAAGUCGAAAUCAACUCUCCUCAUUGCCAGCCUGUGUAUGUGGUCUUCCUCUAAAAGUCUUAAUUGCAAGUAAUAAUAAGCUUGGAUUUCUGCCAGAGGAAAUAGGUCAGCUACAGCAGUUAAUGGAGCUGGAUAUCAGUUGCAAUGAAAUAACAUCUUUGCCACAACAAAUAGGUCUACUUAAGUCUCUGCGCGAAUUAAAUGUAAGAAGAAACUAUCUGAAAGUUCUACCUCAGGAAAUAGUAGAUCUUCCCUUGGUAAAAUUAGAUUUCUCCUGCAAUAAGAUCCUGAUACUACCACUUUGUUUUAGAAAAAUGGUGCAAUUACAAGUAUUAGUACUUGAGAAUAACCCACUACAGUCACCUCCUGCACAGAUUUGUAUUAAAGGCAAAAUACAUAUAUUCAAAUAUUUAAGUAUACAAGCUUGUCAAAUUGAAAAGACAGGAGAUGCGUUUUAUCUUCAUGCCAUUGAGAGGCCUAUUCUGCAGCAACAUGCAGAGGAAAGCAUUGAAGACAUUUUCCCAAUAAAGAAGGACUCUGAUUCUGGUGUGGGCAGUGACAGUGGAGAAAAGCGUUUAUCAGCCAUUGAGCCUUGCGAUGAAGACUCUACCAGUCCGAGUGUGCCAAUGUCUGAUAUUUUGGAGGAAGAAAAUUUUGCCAAAGAAGAUUUAGAUCAGCAGUUUAGUAAUUCAGUAAAAGGGGAAAGUCAUCAGAAUUAUGUCUUGAACGCUCCUGUCGAGUCAGAAAAGUGUCAGUACAAAAUAGAUGCAGAUGCCAACCUCACUGAAUUUAUAAGCUACAACCAGGAUGAAACAGCUGAUUUCGAUGAACCUUUGCAAAUACAGGAAGACACAACAUGGUCUAUACACCAUAACAAUACUAGUUCAGAAAUUAAAGAAAUCAAUUCAGGAAUGAUAGACCAGUUAAGAGAAGCAGUUGAUAUGCUACAAGACCCUACAAGGCUAAGAAUGGAAAUUGAAGAUAGUACAGAGCUGUACAGUUUACAGACUACCCCAUCUAAUGUGAAUAGGUCUACAGUAAAUGGCCAAGUAGAAUUACAGAUGUCUCCAAUUCUGCAGAAUGAGAUGAAUGAGACUGAAGCUUGUUAUAAUUCCCAGGAAGAGGCAGAAGAUGGCUCCCCUACCUUGUCCCCAGUACACAGCAGCACAGCCUUUGGUUUAAAACCUCGAUCUGUUUUCAUUAGACCACAGAGGAACUUGGAGGCAAUAGAUCCCCAGUUUACAAUGAGAAGAAAAAUGGAACAGAUAAGAGAGGAAAAGGAACUGAUGGAUAGUCUUCGGGAGAAUAUUGAAAUAAGAUUAAAGAUCUGCCUCCCUGAAGACCUAGGAUGUGCUUUGAUGGAUGGAGUUGUCCUAUGUCAUUUAAUUAAUCAAAUCCGCCCUCGGUCAGUAGGGAGUAUCCAUGUGCCCUCUCCAGCUGUUCCUAGGCUUAGCAUGGCCAAAUGCAGAAGAAAUGUUGAAAACUUUUUAGAAGCAUGUAGAAAAAUGGGAGUACCUGAGGAGAAACUAUGUUUACCCCAUCACAUUCUAGAAGAAAAGGGCCUGGUGAAAGUGGGCGUCACUGUUCAAGCACUGGUAGAUGUCACCACAACCAAGCAAGCCUUAUUUCUAUGAAACUACUGCAUCUUGUUUCAUCUGACUGUAAGACCUUGUCUUCGAAAAGGCUCUCUAAGGGGAAAAAUAAAUGUUGCCUCAGCCUAUCACAUUCCACAAAGAGGGAGCAAGAAGCGAAAUUUGCACAAAAAGGUUAAAGUCUACAUAAACUGUAUAUAUUCAACCCUUACUACAUAGCAGUCAAUGCCUAUACAUCUAUCUUAGUAGUGAUGGGACAGAGCAGCAAACACUGUUCCACGUACUGAUGUCUUUGCUGGUUCUGUUCACUUCAGGUCACAUUGCACUGUAUUUAUUUCUAUAGCACUAGCCAUUAUUUGCAACCCCCAAACACUAUUUGCUGCUUUAAUUCUUAAAAAAUUUGGAAUGGCCAGAUCUAACUUUAUGUAUAUUUUGUUACCAUGUACUAUAGUUCACUGGAUUGUUAUGUCACGGAAUACUAAGGGUAUAAUGCAGUGGUCUUCAAACUGUGACCCUCCAGAUGUUGCAAAACUACAAUUCCCAGCAUGCCCGGACAGCCGUUGGCUGUCCGGGCAUGCUGGGAGUUGUAGUUUUGAAACAUCUGGAGGGCCACAGUUUGAAGACCGCCGGUAUAAUGUAAUAGUUGAAAUGGAAUGUUCUGAAUACCGUAAUAUUUAUCCUCCAAAAUAGGAAUUGUACUACAAACCUGUCACUAGAGACGAGCGAACUUACAGUAAAUUCGAUUCGUCACGAACUUCUCGGCUCGGCAGUUGAUGACUUAUC